GAUUCUGUGGGCUAUAUUUGAUUGUCUUCAGUUAACUUUGACUUAACUUGAACUGUUUACAGGUUUUGGGUGUAUAAAGUUUGCCACUAUUUUUUACCAAAAAAAAAGUUUGCCGCUAUUAGUGUUAGAUUCGUGUAGGUAAAACAAGACGCUAAAGUUUCGUGUAACAAGAGUCACGUAACUAUCUAAUUUUCGUAGGUAUAAAAUUAGAUACCUUAACCUCAUGUAUGUUUCCAGACAGUACUCCGUUCAUGAAUCUCGAAUUAUAUAUAAACUAAUAAAUUUAGGAUUAAAAAAAAAAAAAAAAAAAUUUAGGAUUUAGGAAUGUAAAUGUAGGUGAAUAUAAUAAAUAAAAUAAGAGAAUCUUGAAUUCAAAAGGAGUUUUUGGAAAUUUUCAUCAAAGAUACUCUUUAAAAUUUGAAAAUGCUAUAGAUAAUAAGCUCACUUGCAUGACAAAUUCGAUUCUCUUCUGAUCAUGCAUUGUCCCUUUAUUUUGUUCGUUUAAACCAAUAAUACUAUUGGCCUAGUACAUAUAUAUUUUAUUUUAUUCAUUAGUUCUUAAUAUAGCCUACUACUCGGAAGCAAUUGAAGUAAGAAUGAGCUUUGUUAAUUAUUGAGGGAUUAGGUCGAACCCCAGGGUAUGGAGGUGUAAAACAAGCAUUUGAUUCUUUUUCUUUUUACGUAUCUUUCGCUAAAGAAUAGAGGAAUCAAAAUAAAUCUUAAAAAUGUCCCAAGUUGACAUACUUAUAUACAUAUUGUACACUUAGACGAAAGACAAUAUUAUUCGCUUGUGAUAUAUAUAUAUAUAUUUAUGUCAGUACGUCUUCCUAGCUCAUUCAUGUUAUAUAAUAUUCUUGACUAAAUACAUAUAUAUCAUUCAGUAGACUUAAUCAUCAGCGAUGUAAAAAAUGUAUAGGAUCAGAAAUUGAUCAACCCAUGCAAUCACAUGCAUUAGAAGAGUAGGACGAAGUAUUCGAAAUGUUUAAUACUCAAAAAAAGUAUUCGAAAUGUCCUUUGCGAAUCAAGAAUCUUGAUGAAUGAUCGAUUGAGCGAUUACAUGAUAUUUGUAGUUGAUGAGAGAGAAUGAAAACAUUUGAGAAGAAGGGUACACGUUAUAUCACACACUGACACACACCCAAAGAAUGGGAGAUAUAGGAGAAGAAAACCAUAUACUAUGCUUUUAGUAGUUUUCUCAUUCAUCGUCCGACACAUGCAGAUAUAUAUGUAUACUUAUGACAAAUGUUUUAGCAUCCGGCCAUUGAUGUACAAGUACUGAUGUACAUACUCGCAUGUAAUAAUACUGUGAAUACUGAUCAUAUACCCAUAUUCUUUUGAGGAAUAUUAUUAGUAGCCUAUAUUUUCAUUAAGAGAAUCACAAAUGUGAUGUUUAGUAACAAACUGUUUUUUCUUUUAAAAUGUAUGUUAUAUAUGCACCACAAACAAAUUUAAUUCACUUUUAUUUUUUUAAUUCAGAUCAUAUAUAGACAUGGUGGAUGCCCUUAAUAGCAAUAAGCAUAUCAUACAAACUAUAAUAUAAAAUAUGUAGGCUUAUUAUGUGGUUCAUGAAUUUCACAUAUCUUACAUGUAAAAAAUAAUUUUAUCGGCUUGGAACUAAAUUAUCGAUACUUUACCGGUUUAGACUUAAGUUUCGUCCCAAGUGGUUAAUAUGGUAGGUCAUAACAUAUGAUUGGUCCAUGUAUUUCAAAUUUAGUUCAAGUAAUAUGGUAUUUUUGAACUAGUCAACUUUGUAACACUAAUUGCGUUCGUUCCGAAGCCGAAAAGAUCAACCGAUAGUGCAUAUAAAAAUAAUAAAUAAUAAUUUCGUGUACCGAAGAAAUAAGAAAAGAUUCUUCUCUCCACUUUUGAUGGCUUAUAAAAGAUAUGACCCAAAACAAUCAUAAAUGCAGCAGCAAUAUUGCUCUCACCACCGAUCUCCUUUGCAUUUCUUUCUUUGUCCAUUGCUUAUUCUCAAGGCUCAAAAACAAGAGAUGGAUGUUCCUCGACCAGCUUUCAAAUGUUUCGAUGACGAUGGUCGACCUAAGAGAUCAGGGACGGUUUGGACCGCAAGUGCGCAUAUUUUAACCGCUGUAAUUGGAUCUGGUGUUCUCUCGCUGGCAUGGGCCAUAGCUCAACUUGGUUGGAUCGCUGGUCCUGCAGUGAUGUUCUUGUUCUCUUUUGUCACUUACUACUCUACCACUCUUCUCAGUGACUGCUACAGAACCGGAGAUCCUGUUUCCGGAAAGAGAAACUAUACUUACAUGGAUGCUGUCCAAUCAAUCCUCGGUGGGUUUCGGUUCAAGAUUUGUGGUUUGAUGCAGUUCUUGAAUCUUUUCGGUACCACGAUCGGGUACACUAUCGCAUCAUCUAUAAGCAUGAUGGCUAUCAAGAGAUCCAACUGUUUCCACGAGAGCGGAGGGAAGAACCCAUGUCACAUGUCAAGCAAUCCGUACAUGAUCAUGUUUGGUGUGACUGAGAUCUUGCUCUCUACGAUCAAAGACUUUCACCAGAUUUGGUGGCUUUCCACAGUUGCAGCCAUCAUGUCAUUCACAUACUCUUCAAUCGGUUUAGCUCUCGGUAUCAUUCAGGUUGCAGCAAAUGGAGUCUUCAAGGGAAGUCUCACUGGAAUAAGCAUCGGAGCAGUGACUCAGACACAGAAGAUAUGGAGAACGUUCCAAGCACUUGGAGACAUUGCGUUUGCUUAUUCAUAUUCUGUUGUCCUUAUCGAGAUUCAAGACACUGUAAGAUCUCCACCAGCUGAAUCAAAAACGAUGAAGAACGCCACAAGAAUAAGCAUUGCCGUGACGACGACGUUUUACAUGCUGUGUGGUUGCAUGGGCUAUGCUGCUUUUGGAGAUGCUGCACCAGGAAACCUCUUAACCGGGUUCGGUUUCUACAAUCCGUUUUGGCUCCUCGACGUGGCUAACGCCGCCAUUGUUGUCCACCUUGUAGGAGCUUACCAAGUCUUUGCUCAGCCUAUCUUCGCGUUUGUCGAAAAACAAGCAGCUGCUAGGUUUCCUGAUAGUGACUUGGUCUCCAAGGAAUUCGAAAUCAGGUUCCCUGGCGUAAGGUCACCGUACAAAGUCAACGUUUUCAGAACAGUUUUCCGGUCUUGUUUUGUGGUUUUGACCACUGUGAUAUCUAUGCUUAUGCCGUUUUUCAACGACGUCGUAGGGAUAUUGGGAGCGUUAGCGUUUUGGCCUUUGACGGUUUAUUUUCCCGUGGAGAUGUAUAUAAAACAGAGGAAAGUUGAGAGGUGGAGUAUGAAGUGGGUUUGUCUACAGAUGUUGAGCUGUGGUUGUUUAGUGGUUACAGUGGUCGCCGGAGUUGGCUCAGUCGUCGGAGUAAUGCUUGACCUUAAGGUUUACAAGCCGUUCAAAACUACUUAUUAAGCAAAACCAUGUCGACGAUCGAUGAUGAAAAAAAAAGAGAGGAGAGAAACAAACGAUUCAAAAUUUGAUCGUUAACAUAUUUCAUUUUGGUGAAAUGUGAAUAAUGUUAAAGCUUCUUUGUUUUCGUAUAAUUUAAUCUUUACGUAAUUCAUUUACAUAUCAUAUGUUGUGAAUUUAUAAUCGACGUAAAGUUUGUUAAUUUGAUUUGUUGUCAACCACAUGCAUUCAAAGAAAUAAACUAUUGAGAUUGAUCAAAAAAAAAAAAAAA